AUGGAGAUAGCCAUGAGAGUGACAAAGGAAGGGCAGCCAAGAGAUCUUGAGAAGUUUUUUCUUAUGGCCUGGUCCUUUUGGUAUAGAAGGAACCUUUUUUACUUUGAAGAGCAGGUUCAGCACCCACAACAGUCUGUGGAUCAUGCCAUGUCUUUAUUUAAGGAGUCUCGAGAAGCUCAAGCCAGCACUAAACAGAACAUGGUAAGGGAUAUGAGGUGGAAACCCCCCCCUAUAGGAGCUCUAAAAAUCAACACGGAUGGGGCUAUGUUUCAGGGAUGCUGUACCUCAGGUGUGGGAGUUAUCUUAAGAGAUGAAAAAGGAAAGGUAAUUCUGGCUGCGUGUAAAAAAGAACCUGAGUUCUCUGACCCUAUGGAAGUGGAGCUUCUUGCCAUCCUGAGGGGGCUACAGCUGUGUAUCCCGUUGGGCAUUGGUGAGUUGAUUGUGGAAACAGACUCAAUGCUCAGUGUAAGAGCCUUAACAGCAGAAGGGGAGUCCAUGUCUCCCCAUGGUAACCUGAUCUAUUCCAUACUCAGCCUCUCUAAACAGCUACCAAAGGUGACAUUCCAACAUGCCGGCAGAGUGCACAAUGCAGCAGCUGAUGGUCUAGCAAAACUAGCAAGAUUUGUAGAGGAUUUAACAGUUUGGUGGGAAUCAAUUCCCGAGUGUAUCUCCCAAAUUGUUUGGCAUGAGGCUAGCUUGUAA